AUGAAGGACCAUGUGCAUAAAAUCCAACAGGCCAGAAUAAAACAGCGUGUGACACACACUUCUACUGUCAUUCCCAAAAAAGGCACAAUUCACCAACCCCUGAACCACUUUGAUAGGAAAGAUGACAAAACUUUCCCACAGAAAUUCUUUGUGAAUGACGUUUAUUGGCAGAGUUCUGAUGGACCAGUCUUUCUCUACAUAGGAGGAGAGGGCCUACUCUCUAAAUUCAGUGUAUUGUUCGGCCACCAUGUGGACAUGGCAGAGAGAUAUGGAGCACUGCUGGUGGCCCUGGAGCACCGCUUCUAUGGGCAGAGCAUCAACCCCGAUGGUCUAGAGACAGAGAACCUGAGAGAUCUCUCCAGCCAGCAAGCUUUGGCCGACCUGGCUGCGUUCCAUCAUUAUAUCAGCCAGCGUUUCAGCCUCUCCCAUAAGAACACCUGGAUCAGCUUCGGUGGUUCCUAUGCUGGAGCUCUCUCAGCUUGGUUAAGAGGAAAGUUUCCUCAUCUUAUCUAUGGAGCAGUGGCAUCCUCUGCCCCUGUUCAAGCUCAAUUGGACUUUAGCUCUUAUAAUAGGGUGGUUGGUUGUAGUCUUAUGAAUGAGGCAGUGGGCGGCUCUAAAAAGUGUGUAGCAGAAGUGAAAGGGGUGUUUGCAGCAGUAGAGGCAGCUCUGCUAACGGGGAAUGAGGUAGAGGUGGGAAAAGACUUCGGCUGUUGUGAGACCCCUUUCAAACCAGAGGACAAGAUGGAACUGUUGCAGAGUUUGGCUGAUAUCUUCAUGGGAACCGUCCAAUACAAUGAGGAGGGGGUUGCAUUCAGCAUCGCAGAACUUUGUCACAUCAUGACCAAUAAGAGUGAACAGAAUAAACAGAAGGAGGAGGCGUAUGACCGUCUGGUCAAACUAGCGGCGAUGUAUCGUGCCAGAGAGAAGGUGCCAUGUCUGGAUGUUUCUCAUGAAAAGCUUGUGCUUGAACUCAGAAACACUACAGCUACAUCCAGCUACAGACAGUGGUUCUACCAGACCUGCACUGAGUUUGGCUUCUAUCAGACGUGUGAGGACACUAGCUGCCCCUUCUCACGUAUGUCAACCAUCCAGUCUCAGACUGAGCUCUGCUCUCGAAUCUUUGACAUCCCUCAGGAACAUCUGCCUGUCCACAUUGACUUUACCAACCAGUACUAUGGAGGGAACCGGCCCCAAACACAAAGAGUGCUCUAUGUCAAUGGAAACAUUGACCCAUGGACAGAGCUAAGCGUGGUCUGGAAUGACACUAUGGUGGACAAUGACAGAGUCGUUCUUAUCGAUGGCACCGCCCACUGUAUGGACAUGAACUCAGAUAAAUCAAUGGAUAAACCUGCAUUGCACCAAGCCAGGAAGGAGAUUGGAAGACGUGUGGCCAUGUGGCUCAAAAGUGCAGCAUUGGCACCAUAA